UCACUAUAUUCACGAUAUUCUACCAAUGAUUGGGGAGCCAGUAACAAAGUUAAUUUCGGUCUUUCUGAUCGAGAAAGAUCUUACGCUGAACGAUUGAGAGCUGACGCCUGGCGAGCUGUUAAAGAAACUGAUGCGAGAACUAGGAACAGGCAGAAUGAAGCUACCAGGCGAUUAGGUGACAGAGUUUGUGAUAUAGCACAUUGGAAAAGUGAAUUAAAUAAUGAAAUUGAUGCCAUGCAGCAUGAAACAGAGGAUUUAAGGGAAUAUCGUCGAAUGUUAGAGAAAGCGUUUAAUGAUACAGGUAAUCCAUUACAUAUAGCUGAAGAAUGUUUAUUACAUAGAGAGAAAAGACACGGUAUAGAUCUGGUGAAUGAUGAAGUCGAGAAGUCACUAAGUAAGGAAGUAGCUGUAAUUAAGAAAUGUCAAGGUCGCAUGAAAAAAUUAUUAGAUAAAGCUUACGUACAGCUCAAAAUGAACCGAGCAGCCCAACACUCCCUGGAAAUAGACAGUAAAGAUAAACACCAUGCUCAGAAUUUAGAUGACAGAAUGCAACAGUUGAGGAACUCCUCGGCCGGUAUAGGUUAUUACCCCGGAAUUGAGAACGUCGAUAAUACAAUCACCAUCCCCGAAUCGUGGGCUCGAUAUUCUCAAGAGAACAUCAUCAGAUCUCAGAAAGAGAGAGCCGCUUCGGAAAGACUUCGUGGUGAAAUUGAUAGCUGUCUGAGAGCAUGCGCAAACGAAAUGUGGAGUAUAUUCAACGCUGUGAAUAACGCCUUUAAUACGAGAGUUCGCGAGACUACAGAUGCUAGAAAUAAACUGCAAGGUCAUCUUCAGAGAACGAUGCAGGAGAUUUUCGACAUGGAAAAAAAUGUUGAGUUGUUAAGAAAAGCCAUUCAAGAUAAAGAAAAUCCAAUGAAAGUGGCUCAAACUCGACUUGAUGAAAGAACAAGAAGAAUCCAUGUUGAAGUCUGCCACGAUCCUGUCAUGAAAACAUUGACGCGAGAAGUACACGAGAUCCGAGAAUCAGUGAGAAUUCUGAAGGAGAAAUUGAAGGCGUGUGAAUUAAGUCUGUCCAGAUUGGUGAAAACUAGGUCCACAUUGGAGCAUGAUAUCGCUACCAAGGAUAACUCCAUUAAAAUAGAUACCAGCUAUUGUUUGGGCAUGCGUAAGGGAUUUCCUAUGGACCCUAAAGUGGGCCCAAUAUUCCAGAUGCCUACUUGUUAA